GUCACUUAUGUCAUUGUCAAUUUGUCAAAGAAUUUUGUGCUUUGUGAUUGUCUUGUUAUUUUGUUAUUACCAUUGAAUAAUCUAAUAAGUUUUAUCAAAAUGGUUGACGACCUACGAAAAUACUUAAACCAUCUUCUUGAGAAGGUAAAUGGCCUUCAUUGUAUCCUUAUAACUGAUCGGGAUGGCGUGCCUUUGGUGAGAGCAGUUACUGAAAGGGCACCGCAGCUAGCUCUAAGACCAAACUUCAUCUCAACAUUUGGCAUGGCUACAGACCAAGCUAGUAAACUGGGCUUAGGGAGAAACAAAACAAUAAUUUCGAUGUAUUCUAGUUAUCAGGUAAUACAAAUGAACAAAUUGCCCUUAGUUAUCACAUUCAUAGGUAGUGAUAAUUGCAACACCGGCCACAUAUUGUCGUUGGAAAGUCAGAUUGAUCCCUUCCUAAAGGACUUAGCUGCUGUGGUUGCUGAUGCACCAUAGUAAAAAAAAGAAACAAAUAGAGCAAGAAAUCUAUUCUAUUGUAAAAUGGGCUGUAUGUAUCAUUCAAGCUUUUCAAUGUAUGAUAGUAUAGGUACCUCUCAAAUAACAUCUGUUAAUUUUAACUGCUAUUUAACCAAUAUAUGGAAUGCUUUAAUGGAACAAAAGUAUAGAUAUUUACACUUGCACUAUUUUCUAUUUUUAUUUUGUUAAAAGAUCUUGAAUUAGUUUGAUGUUUCUUCUGUGGGUAGCCAGUUACAAAAUGUUGACUCCAUCUAGCUUAAAAUAAAAUUGUGUGAAGAUUUCUAUCCUAUUAGAACUAUUUCUGAACUAGUCUUGUAUUGUUUAUUUGGCAAUCAAUGCAACAAAAUUAUGCAGUCUUGGUAUGUCCAGUUUAAUGAGGUGAAUACAGGAAUCUAGCAGAAUGUAUAGGGUAUUUUAGUCAACUGUUAAGCAAUUAUUGAACCUAGUAUUUUGAACUUAUAUAAAUGAAGACUGCAAUCAAAAAUCAAUCCUUUAAAUCAUUCUUUAUAUCUGUUUAUUGUUUUAUAUCUAAAAAAUGAAGGUGCCUAUACUAUCCAAUCAUUUUAUUAAAGCCCUUAAUUGUUAUAUUACUUAAGUAAUUGUAUAUAGAUAUAUUAAAUACUUUUAUAUUUUUAGCAUUAAAUUUAAGCUGAAAUAAAGCCAAAUUUGUAUUUCUAUAAA